AUGCCCUCUGAGCUAGUACGCGCGCCGUCGCAAGGCAGUGUGGCCUCGCAAACCACUCAACACAUGGGACCUCAUAGCCGCCCCGGCACAGCUGAUCCUUUGCGUUCGCGAUCGGAGACGAUCUCGCGCGGUGGACCUCGCGCUCGAUCUCGGGGCUCAACAGCCAGCAUCCACUCCACAAACCCAAGACCAGCACCUGGACCCAUUCCCCAAUUCAUGCCGUCCCAAGUCGCCGGCGGGCAGAAUCUGUUCGCCAGCAACCCGGAAGAUAUGAUCAUGCGUUACGGGCACCAGUUCUCCCACCAAGCCCACGCCACACCAUUGGACCAGGGCAUGCGGGAUACCCAAUCUAUGAUGUCGCGCCCGGACGAUUUUGGCACCCAUUCGAUGCAUGGCCACUCGCUGUCACACCACUCCCUCCCUUCUGAAAUGGCUUCCAAUGGCAUGAGCUCCGUACCCGUACCCCAAUACCAGCCAAUGUACGAUAGUGGAAUGGAGCAUCAUCAAGCUGAUCAAACUUUGGAUGAGGAUGCCUCCGAGCACGGGGGCAAGAAAAAGCGGGGUUCAAGCUCAACUCUGGCGAACGACAAUGAACUGCGGAAGAUGCUGCGUCAGUAUGAAGGCUAUUCGUUGAAGCAGAUGGCUGCUGAGGUCAUGAAGCAUGAAGGCGCCGGUGGAAAGGCCGAAAAAGUGAAGCAGGUCUUUGCGAUGAUUUGGUUGCGGGAGAACUGCCGGAAAAGUAACAGCUCAGUACGCCGAGAUCGUGUUUAUUGCUGCUACGCAGAAAAAUGUGGCACCGAGCGCGUUUCUGUGUUGAACCCAGCUUCGUUCGGAAAGCUCGUUCGAAUCAUCUUCCCCAAUGUACAAACCCGUCGCCUCGGGGUGCGUGGCGAGUCGAAAUAUCAUUACGUAGAUCUUUCGGUGAUUGAAGAGAAGCAGCACAAGCCUGCGCCUUCCACUAUUCAGGUGGCUCCUAGUCAGGUGCCAGAGAGGCCUGCAAGUGCGUUGCGUUCACGAAGGUAUGUCGAAGUGACGUGGGAAAUGAAGCUGACAACAUGCUCAUCUAGUAUCAGCAUCCCUCAACCUGCCGCAGAUACCGCAGUCUUCCCCUCUCCAAGUGCCUCUUUUGCGCCUCGUUUCCCGACGAACUCUCCAACAAUGGAUAGCUGUGGCUGCCAUCCCGACCCUCAGGCAGUCCUCCAUGGACCUGAUGCGCCUAUUACGGUGGAGAAUGUUUCUCAGCAGUCUGCUAAAAUCAUUCAUCAAAUGCUUCAGUUCCCCACUGAUGAACAGUCAUUGGUCAGCAACGCGGAGCUUGUGCUCCCUGACAUUCGACCCUAUCUGCCAGCCAACUCUGAUCUUAAGGUUGCAGAAGCCCUUGCUGCCUUGUAUCGUUCGAACUGUAUCUCUGUCAUUGACAGUUUCCGUUUUUGCAAGGAGCGCAAUCUAAUGAAGUACCUGUCCUCGUUCCAUGGUACUCUGACUGUCCCCCCUCGCGCCAUGGAUCAAGAGUGCGACUGGACGAUGUACCAGAAGAUGAUUCCUUUUGUGGCUCCCUUGACUACCCAAAUCGUACCACAGCAAGUUUUGGAUGCUUUCCGCUCCAUUUCGCAAAAGCUGUGUGGACAUAUCGCGGAGACAUUCAAGACUCAGCCCGCCCAUGUCUCUAUCGCGCGUCUCGUUCCCGCCCACAUCUUCUGUAAGCUCCUCAAGCACAUGCUUGAUGUCAAUCAGGCUGCCAACGCUGCCGCUGCGUGGCUGAGCGAUAUCAGCACUCGCAGCCAGAUGUGGCAAGACUUCCAGGAGCUGGUGGACCCGACGGAGAUGAUUGCCAAGGCCAAUAUCCCGACUUGUGCGGCUCGAGCCACGGAGCAGAUCCUCAAGCAUGAUGUGCGAGCUCUUCUGACUCCAAUCCACGACCCGGUGACCAACUCCCACCCCUUCUUCGCAAAACCAGAUACCCCCGAGGAUACGAAAGCGCACACCCACCCGGUCGAGAACGCGGAAGGCAUCGACUACAACAACUUCCCCGACAAGUGGAUCUCCUUCAUACUGAACCUAUCACCUGUCUUCAACCACCACCGCUCCCAGUGCAUUAUCAAGCAGGUGGAUGCCUUGUUUGAAAAUAUCCUGCACCGAUUGACUUUGGGGGGUGCGGCUAGUUUCAGUUCGUGGUGGAUGAUCAAAGUCUUUUUCCAUGAGAUGAUGCUUUGGCAAGCAGAGCGCGGUGGAUUCAUGUCCCACACCCCUUCCUCGUUGGAACAUGCGAGUUUUGUCCCCCCGCCUAUGGCCAUGGGCAGUUUCCAGAUAAAGCGUGAUGGUGCUGAGCAUGCUUCCUUCGAUGUAUCCACCGAUUCCCAGACCAAGCCCCAGAAUGGGUCUUCGAGCAACCGAGGUGCUGUUCCCAGCGCAAACGACGAAAUCCAUUCAAAUAAGAACCACUCCUCUCAAAAGGACAUUCCUAUCGCGGAUACGGGGUUUCAAGCCCCCAACAACGAUGACAGUGCGAUUGAUCUCGAGGACGAUCCAAUGAUGAUCCCAGUCGGUAAAUACGGCGAUAUGAUGGCUUCUGAUCCUGCGGAUGCCGAAGGCGAUGUGGUUGUCAUCUAA